AUGGACAUCACCGAGUCUUUGAAAGACUACUUCGAGAUCUCCUACCAGCACGGCGGCAUUUUCGAGCACCCAGAUUACGAGUGGUCUGAGAAUGAGUGGGGUUGGCUGCACCAGCCCACGGGCAUCACCGUGUGGGGUGAUGCGUUGGACCUGACGGUGCGUGCCGGGCGCAUGAGCCAGGGUGGAAGUCAUGUGAACAAGCACCAGGUGGUCUUCCACUACACCAACUUCCUGGCGUUUAAGAACAUCACCAACGAGGCCAAGGAGGAUAUCGAGCUCUGGGCCUCCUUGGAGAUCGAGGGCCCCACGGCGAAUGCCUGGUAUGGGCGAGGGCUCUACACGGUCCCCUUACCGCCGGAUGCCUGGGGUGAUAUCAAUGCCCUCUUGGACAACAACUACCGGAACAUGAUGCGGAGGGACCUCCAAAACCGAGGGGAGGACUAUGUGCAGAAGACCUACCCGGCGCGCGCGAAGUUCUGCAUUCCCAUUCUCGUGGAUCCACAGGAUGCCUACGACGUGUCGGUGCGACCGACGCCGGAGAUGGUGGAGCGCGGCGUGCCGCCGGGCUACAAUCUGAAAAUGAUGCCCUUGAGUGAACCGGGGAUGCGGCCGCGCAUGUGUAUCACCGUGAGAAUCGAGGACGAGAAGAAGAAUGUUUGCAAUCCGAAAGCCAAGCUUUUGGAUGUUGUCAAGACGCGAGCAGAUGCACUGGCACAACAUGGUCCCAACCGGGCAUCACUGGAGGCGCUGAUGCGCUUGGCCAUGGUGGAAAGUAGCCGUGGUCUUUAUCAGGAGGCCACCAAGCACUUCGAACAGGUGGUUCGCUCCAUGGAGUCCUUCUUCGGGGUGAACCAUCGCUUGACCUUGCGCGCCAUGGCCGGCCUGGCCGAUGCCCUGGCACAGCAGGGGGAUUUCCAUCGGGCGGAGGCGUAUAUGUCAAUGGUGCUGAGCAAGAACAUUGAUCAGUUCGGGGAGGAGGAUGGAGACGCGACGAAGGCACUCAACAGCUUGGGCAACAUUUUUCGCUUGCAGCACAAGCGCGUGGAGGCACAAGAGUUUCUGCGGCAAGCCUUCCGGAAGCUCCAACGGCGCUAUGGGGUGGAUCACCCGAAGACCCUGGCGGCCCUGUUGGACUUCGCCUCCUUCACCACGCCCGACGAGGCCGAGGCCCUCUACACCGAGGCCUAUGGCCGCUUUCAGCAGCAGCUGGGGGAUGCGCAUCCCGACACCAUGAACUGCAAGAUGUUACUGGCGCAGACGAAGCUGUCGCUGGGGAACCGCAGCGAGGCCAAGGAAGACUUCGAUGAUCUCUUCAAGAAGAUCAAGAAGCAGCUGGGCGCUUCGCAUCCGCAUACGCUGGCGGCGCACCGCGGCUGGCUCAUCGCUUUGAGCGAAGAGGGCGAGUUGGGCAGCGCCCUCUACCACUUUGGACGUGAGCUGGGUCAUGCGCCCCUACCAGGCAGUCUCUUGCUCCUGGAGAUCUUCUUCCACUUCAGCUUGAGGAAAGGCCUUCUGGGUGUGCUAUUGCUCUUUGCCUUGGGCCUCUACCUCUACUCGCCCUUCUUUGUGGCUAGCUUCCUGUGGGACGCACAGCUGGGCGAUCCCAGCAUCUGGCUCUUGACGGUCUGCACACAGAUCUGGCUCUUUCAAGUGAUCCUUCUGCUGUGUCAAGUGCUGUCGCCAAACCGCCGAGCUCUGCGGAGCUUCAAGGGGCUGCAGAUCAAUCUGACACUCUUCUUGUGCAGCCUUUUGCUGGUGAUUCGGGUAUGGCUUCUGGAGUUCUCAUGGUUCAUCGUGACGGGGCCCUGGUAUUUGCUGGAACUCCUUUGGCUUUGCUUCUGGCUCAGUGGUUCUUGUGGUGCUGGUGCCGAUAGUGGGCUUCGCCAUGGGAGCUCGAACCAGAGUUCCGUUCCAUGCGUGGAGCGCUCCUUGGCCUCUUUGGAGCGUCUGGUGCUGCUGCUGCUGGUGGCGCUCCGCGCUGACCUUGCAGCAGAUCCGGAGAUCGGGCGCAUCCCCUGGUAUCUCAUUUGCAUCAUCCUUUUCUUCACCUCGUUGACUCGGAGGCUUUUGCGGAGCUGCUGUCGUCGAUCUCAUGGUCGUUCUAUCAGCUGUUCGCAGGUCUUUCGCUCGAGUAUCUUCAGCUGCAUCGUGACGAUCAGUCGGAUGGAUGUCCUGAAGCUGCAGCUGGCAGGUGGCUUCGGCACCCUGCUGGUACUGUGCAUCUUGGCUGGCGGCACCUACAAGCUCUAUCGGCCACAAGCUCUAUCGGCCCACUGGGUCUCCUUGCCACUGCUGAUCCUUGCCUUGUCUCCAGCCUUCUCGCUGUGCAUCAUCCGAGUGCUGUCCUCCCGACGACGCGCCCCCAUCCGAACAUGGACAGCGGAACAUGGGAACCCACCGGUGGAAUGGUGGAACCACCUCGGUGGAACGCCGGAGUUCCACCGAUGGAGCACCAACCCGCGCCCUGCGAAACCGCGGGGCCGGCGCGACCCGUUGGACGCGGCGACCAGCGGAGAUGUGGACGACCGUGGGGUUUACCGUGGCUGGAUGGAGACAGCAGUGGUCUCGGGGUUGCUGGCAGCCUUGGUGUCGGUCUUGGUGCAGCGCGGCUGGCAGGGCAAAGAUCUGAUACCACACCGCUUGGAAGAGCCCCAUGCGUUGCCGAAGGAUUUCCACAGCGGUGCCAGGAUAUUAGUUGCAAAACAGCUUGCAGAAUGGAGGCCUGCUCGCAUCUUCUUUCGUUUUCUUGAAGCAAUUGUCAACAUCGUUUGCGUCUUCGGUACUACGGUGGUGUUGCCUUACCUUUGGAUGCCAGUCGUCUUCAUGGUGAUUGUAUUUCCAGCUUGGUUCUUCGAGUGGACCUUUUGCCAACUUUGGGAACAGCCCUCACUGGCCUUUGCCCUACGCAGCCGCCGCCCGACCUUAGCCUUGGCUCGUACAGUCUUCUUGGCUGGUUUGGUGAUUGUAGUCCACUACGACGUCUUUGGUCUAGGUGUUUUGCAGAAUCCGGAGCGGCGCAUCCACAUCGGAAGUGUGAACGUAGUAGAUCCAUGGCCCUUUGGCUUCUUGUACGCCGAGUAUGUCAUGAAUGAAGACAUGGCCCAGGUGCAUUUCUGGUAUUCGUGCUUACGCUUGGGGUGCCUCUUGCUGUACAUCCUCGUGCUGACUGUCAUGGUUUUCUUCGUCUGCUGCGAUGCUCUUGCAUUCCGGGUCGGUCUGAAGGAAAAGAAGGAUGAAGCCAGAAAGGCUGAACGUGUAAUAGAGCAGAAAGGAGACGCAAUGCAAGAGCAAGCUUGGAUGGUGAAACGGCUGCGUAUGGGAAUUGACAAUGAGGGAGUGCGGCGUGAGAAUGCUUGCUGGAUCUAUUUGGAUGCUUUCUUGGUCAUUACUGACAUGUUCUCCGACAUGGUGACAAUAUAUCAAUUGCUUACGUUUCACAGGUUCGUGUUGGCCUUUUUCAUGGUCUGCAUUUUUAGCCGCAGCCUACUCCUUCAAGUCUUUUCAGGGGCGCCCUUCACCUUCUUUGCUGACGUGAGGGCGAGUGCUGAGAAAGGGAUUCGCCAUCAACAUUUCUUGGAUAUCUUGCAGGAGGAAAGGGGCUUUGAGGCAGCGUGCAGCUUGAUGCUCACGUCCUAUUCCUUUUCGGUGUGUGUGAAGAGUUCAUGGUCAGCCUUGACACAGAGUUUCAGCAUUUUGCUCUCAGCCUAUGGUUUGGCCAACUUCAUCUACGUGCAGCUUGACCUCAAUUUGGUGGACGAGGAGGAGAUAGCGAAAGCCGGUAUGGCCGAAAACGUCGUGGAAGAGGUGGUGCACUACACCAUGGCAGGUUGCAAUGGCCCCGAAUGUUGUAAGUAG